AUGACACUCGAGAGCGAUUUCCCCUUAGGCAUGCGAGUUCUUGCCGUCAACGAUGAUCCCGCGAGCCUCAAGUCGUUGGAGAACCUCCUAACUCGAUGUCAAUAUAACGUCGUAUCAGAAGAUGAAAGGCGAGAAACGAUCGCUAAGGCGGUGGCUAACGGCAGCUGCGACUACUUGCUGAAGCCGGUGAGGCUUCAGGAGCUGCGCAACAUAUGGACGCACGUCCUAAGGAGGAAGAUCGUAUCCACCGACAACAUCUACAUUUUGCAAGAUGAACGGCAGCAAUUUUUAAAUGUCCCGGUUCCGGAUGACAAACAACACAAACACAAACACAAACACAAGAUCAGACCCAUCCCUACAGUGACAGAACACGGCCGUGCCAAGGAAGCCAAGAGAAAGAGACUGAGGUGGACCGAGGAACUGCACCACAAGUUCCUUGCCACUGUUCACACGCUCGGAUUGAACAAGGCUGUGCCCAAGAAAAUAAUCGAACUCAUGAACGUUGACGAUCUGACUUUGGAUCAUGUUUCUAGUCAUUUACAGAAAUAUAAGCUUUAUGUCAAGAAGCUCAGUGCAGUCACAGGCCACCAUGCUCUCGUAGCUGCUCAGACAAAACUGGUGCUGGGUCAUGACUUGAUUCCUCUGAAAACCCACCAAAGUAUCGAGAUCGUGCCGAAUUCCCAACCUGAUUUGGCCCAAGGAGUGCUUGCAUCAUCUGAACUCCAUGAUGCAAAUGGUAACCACCAAACUAUCGGGAUCGCGGAUGAUUGUCUACCGUCUUAUCAUUUGAGCCAACAACAACAGCAGCAACAACAACAAGCACAACUGAUGAAUGCAAGUGGAAACAACUCUUUCAUUGGUGCCAUUGACAACUUUCCUCUUGAGACCGCGGGGAAUUUCCAACCGAAUUGGCUUCAAGGAUUGCUUGCGCCUUCUGAUUAUCCAAACGACAACAAUCCUCUGAAAGAUGGGCCACAACUCGCGAACUAUUCUCUUUUGGAUCCGACCGAACCUUUCUGUGACUUGAUUGACUUCAACAGUCUCAACCAACUUCUGCAGCAUGAUCAAACAAUGCAAUAUGAUGUUGCAGCAACUGAGCCAACUGCCACUGUACUAAGUGAUCUUCCUUCAGUUCUGAUGACACCGCUCUUCGGUGAUUCGUUCAACUCCGACUCCGAUUUCUCUCAAAUUCUGCAUCCGAUCAUCUCCAACGACAACAACCCGAACUUCAGUAACCAUCUUAUGCAGAGUCCUCAGCCGGAGUGGCACCAAACAUAUGACCAAAACUCCUCGUCCUCCUCAAUGCCAAACUUUGAGGUAACUAGUACCAAUUUGCUGCAUCAGGCAUCAUCCGAAGAUGAUCGCAACGCGAUGAUCAAGAUUCUUGAAACUGGCCAAGUUCUUCAGUAUGCCUCUGCCUCUGAGGAGGGCCAGUAA